UCGCUGCACUUACUGAUUUUAUGAGUAGCUGUAAUCUAAUAUUGCAGGAGAGACACAUGUUUGUACCUCUUCAUCACUAUAUAAGUAUAACACACUAAUCCGCUAACUCAAAACAAAACAAACACACACAAAAAGAAAAAAAGAAAGAGAGAAUAAGUUUCAAUGACAAGAAAGAAAGUAAAACUUGCUUUCAUUACCAACGAUUCAUCAAGGAAAGCAACUUUCAAGAAAAGAAAGAAAGGGUUGAUGAAGAAAGUGAAUGAGCUCUCCACUUUGUGUGGCAUCAGUGCAUGUGCCAUCAUCUACAGUCCGUACGAUUCUAACCCCGAAGUGUGGCCAUCAAAUUCCGGUGUGCAAAGGAUAGUCUCAGAGUUCAGGACGCUUCCAGAAAUGGACCAACAAAAGAAGAUGGUGGACCAAGAAACCUUUCUCAGACAAAGGAUAGCAAAAGCGUCCGAUCAUUUGAGGAGACAAAGAAAGGAUAACCGGGAGCUAGAGAUGACAGAAGUCAUGUUCCAGUGUUUAUUAGGAAACAUGGGAAUGUUUCAUAUGAAUAUCAUGGAUCUUAAUGAUUUAGGUUUUUUGAUUGAACAAUAUCUCAAAGAUAUUAACCGCAGGUUUGAGAUUUUACAGAGCUCUGGCAUGGAGAUCGGCGAGUCUUCCAAUGCUGCUGGUGUGGUCGAGACCCCACCAAUGGAGAUCAUGGCGUCUACAACCCCACCAACCACCACAACUAAUGAUCAGGCGGGUUCUUCCUCUUCACCAUUGGCAGCUUUUCUAAACCCUCUUCAACAACAACAACAACAACACCAACAAUUUCUUUAUCCAUCAUCUCCACAUGUUGGACUCUAUGAGCAACCUCCAAGUUUGAAUUUAAACCUAAAUCCGAACUAUAGUCAGAACCAACAACAAUGGUUUAUGGAGAUGACGCACCACCAGCCUGAACCAUUGAACUAUGCAGUUGAUGAUGAGCAAAGGGGUUUUCUAUUUAUGGAUGAUAACCACCACGAUCACCACCAACCCCAACACCAGCAUGAUCAACAGAUCCUUGGUGAUUCGUCCACUGUUUCAACUACCGUCGUUACUUCAAGCAGCACUAUCCCCGUUACCAAUCCAAGUCCUACCAAUAAUACAUGGUUUCGUUAGUAUUUCCUUUCUAUGUGGUUUUACCAGAGUUUAAGAGUGGGUUUCAAUUCCUAGUAAGCAAAUCAAUAAUUAUAUUCAAAUGUUCUUUACGGUUGUAAUAAACUUGCAUAACAAUUUUAUACGGGGUAGUUUUAUAUAUUAUUAUUAUAUUUUGUGAUGGUUAUGGUUUUCAGUGUAAUGGUCCUUAUUUUGUGAUAUCCUGUUUAAAAAAAUAAAAAGAUUUUGUGACAUUCUCGUUUUUA